AUUAAGUAAGAGUCCCCUAUAUAUAUUCCCUCUUCCUUUUUGUGGCAACCCUGCGAUUAAACGUUCGUUGGAGCUCGCGCCUCAGCUCCAGCCAUGGCAGAGAAGGUAUCCACGUUGAUCAUUGAAGCCAACCUCGAAUGCGAGGAAUGCUACAGGAAGAUUCAGAAAGUGCUAUGUAAACUCCAAGAGAAGGAGAAGAUCAGGACCAUCAACUUCGACACCAAGAAGAACACGGUGACCGUCUCCGGCCCAUUCGACCCGGUGAAGCUGUCCAAGAAGCUGCGAUGCAAGGCGUGCAAGGCUAUCAAGGACAUCAAGAUCAUCGAAGAAAAGAAGCCCGAUGCCAAGAAGCCGGAGGAGAAGAAGCCAGAGGAGAAGAAGCCGGCCGCCGAUGGCUGCAAGUGCUGCUGCAAGAAGCCCGAUGAGAAGAAGCCGGAUGAGAAGAAGAAGGCCGACGAGAAGAAGCCGGAAGAAAAGAAGGAAGAAAAGAAGGAGGAAAAGAAGGAAGAAAAGAAGAAGACGGAUGAGAAGAAGGGCGAGGAGAAGCCCAAACCGGCCGCGCCGGCGGCACCGUCGACGACGGUGAACCUGCAGUUCACGCAGAUGUGCAACCUCUGCUACCCGUGGCCGUGCAGCGACCCGAGCCACUGGGGAGGCGUGCAUCAGUACCCGCAUCCCCAGCAGCCGCAGUGGCCGUGCGAGCCGCCGCAGAUGCCGGCCUACCCCGCCCCGCACCACCCUCAGCACCCGCCCUGGGCGGUGCCGGCGACCCCGAAGAGGCAGACGUGCGGAGGCCCGGCGUACUGCGGAGGAGGGUGCGGCUCGUGCGGCGGCGGCGGCGGUGGCGGCGGGUACGGGGCGUGGCCGCCGCCGAUGCCGACGCCGCUGCAGAUGAUGCAGCCCCCGCCGAUGGGCUGCGGCGGGCCGGCAUCGUCGUGCAGAGGGUGCAAGGGCUGCCGGAUCGUGCAGGAGGGGAGGUUCAUCUACGAGGAGUACCCGCCCAGUGCGUGCACCGUCAUGUGAUCUCAAGCCGGCAACCGUGCAUGCAUGGCAGUUCGACCACCUCUCUGCAUGUUGUUCUUCGUGGUAAUUCGAUGUUCCAUGUUUGUCCUGUAUGUUUCGUGCACAGUACUGCAUUUGUUUAUGUGUACCUGUAGCAAAGAAGGUGUAGCUGCCACGUACAUUUUUCAGUGUGAAAAUAUAUGCUCUCGGAACAAUUGAUAUAGCUUUGUAUAGAUAAUUUCAAUUUUUGGGGCACUAAAAGUUUGGAAAUGCUAGUAUUUGUCAAUGUUUUAA